UCGUGUCAAAAGCCUAAGCCGGCUCGUCAAAAUGUUUUUAGGGGAUAUUUUUCCUAACUUUACAGCCAAAACUACACAAGGAGAAAUUAGUUUUCAUGAUUGGCUAGGAGAUUCAUGGGGUAUAUUGUUCUCGCACCCAUCUGAUUUCACCCCAGUGUGCACAACUGAACUCGCUCGAGUAAUUAAAUUAUAUCCCGAGUUCACGCGUCGGCAUGUCAAAGUUAUUGGAUUGUCUUGCGACUCCAUUGCAUCACACCAUGAAUGGUGCAAGGAUAUUAAAUUCUAUGCAGGUUGCAGUGAGGAUGAGAAAUUCCCUUAUCCUAUAAUUGAAGACCUGGACCGAAAGUUAGCUAAGCAGUUAGGUAUGGUAGACAAGGAUGAGCUGGAUGCAGCAGGCAUACCCUUGACUGCACGUGCAGUUUUUAUUGUCGACCCUAACAAGAAGUUCCGGCUCUCUAUCCUGUAUCCUGCCACCACAGGCAGGAACUUUGAUGAGAUUCUGCGUGUCCUGGACUCCUUACAAGUGACUGACAAUGCCAAAGUAGCUACUCCUGUGGAUUGGAAGAUGGGUGAUGACUGCAUGGUGCUUCCAACUGUUCCAGAGGAUAAGGUGAGCGAGGUGUUUCCUAACGGAGUAACCGUGGUUGACAUGCCCUCUGGCAAGAACUAUAUACGCAAGACACCCUGCCCGAAGAUGUAGCCCUUUGCUAGUGCACCUCUCCUUAUGGUUGACUAUUGUUCGUAGUGGUUUGUGUGUUGUGUUUU